AUGGCGGACAACGGCACAAAUAAGGUUUUACCUGAACGCGUCCUCGGUCUGAGACUCCAUGAAUGUUCUAUAUGCACAGAAGAGCUCAUUUUUGAUAACUUCCCACAUCGGAUUUUCGCUGAUUGUAUGCAUGAUCCUACUUGCUGUCACGCAUGUCUUUCUCGAAGUAUCGGAGCACAGAUUGAAAGCAAACAGUGGGAUCGGCUUACAUGUCCCGAAUGCCCUGCCUUUCUGACCUUCGAUAAUGUGAAGAAGUCCUUUGCCUCGGAGGCUGAUUUUAUUAGAUACGACAAAACUCACUUCUAUCCUACAUCCGCAGUGAUCCCAAUUUCACAAAUUGUCUAG